AUGAUAAUCCUUGGUUACUGGAAUCUAAGAGGCUACGCUUAACCUAUUCGUCUCCUUCUAGAAUAUUUGUAAGUAGAUUAUAAGGAAAAACUUUAUAACUAAGAUGGAGAAGAAUGGUUAAAUGUUGAUAAAUAAUAACUUAAAACUAAUUUCCCUAACUUACCUUAUAUAAUUGAUGGAGAUAUUGUUGUAACAGAAUCAAAAGUUAUUCCUAUUUACUUGGCCAAGAAAUUCAAAAAUUAUGAGCUUAUUGGCUAAAAUCCUGAUGGGUCUUUUAAUUUGAAUGAAAUUACAUUCCUUUAAAUCUUAGAAAUUUUGAAAGAACUCAGAGAUUCGUUAUUGAAUUCAGCAAAAGUACCAUCUUUCAAAGAAGAAAAAGAUUAAAUUUUCAAUGAAAAAUUCAACAUUACUUUUGAGAAAAUAAAGAAACAACUUGGAGAGAACAAAUACCUGCUUGGAAAUCUUUCAUUUAUAGAUUUCUAUUUUUAUGAAGUUUUGAAAUUUUUCUAAUUCUUUUAUCCAAAACUUUCAAUCUUUACCGACUAUAUUGAUAGAAUAGAAAAUAUUCCUCAAAUAAAAAACUAUCUUGAAACAAAAGAAAACAAAAUCUUUAUUCUUGAUAGAAUGAAAAGCUAUUUUUAUUAUUGA